AUGUCAAUGGUCUCAUGCGAGCUUCGUGAAGCGAUCGGAGAUGGCCUUGAGCUGCAGGAGCGGGGGCAGUUGGAUGUGGACGUCUGGGUUGCGGACUUUGGGCUGCAUGAUGGUCUCUACGAUCUCGGGGUGGAGGACUCGCACGGGGAUGUCCUGUGUGAUGAUCUUCUCGUGCUUCCUACGGAGAGGGGUUUCCAGGUGCUCUUUCUGGAAGACCUCGUCGUCGGGAUCAGCGUAUGGGUCAUCCGUUGGAGGCUUGGUGGAGGAUGGCCCGUUUGCAGAGUUGGAGGUGGUGGUCUUGAUUGUCAUGCGGAGCACGGGGAUCCCGUCGCUCUUGGUCAGGCCCAGCGUGGCCGACAUGCCAUCACGAGCAGACUUGAGGGCUCGCUGAAGAGGCUGGAGCGGCAGCUCCAGGUCAAUGUUGUUGUUCUCCUCGUUUGA